UUCCUCUUUCACCGCUCAAUCUUUAACACAUCAGAGAUAAAACAUAACACGUUCUCAGUGUCUAAUCAUUUACAUGGUAAAACAAGGGGUAUAAAAAUGGACGGACACUUUUGGAUGUCUACAAUGAGCUGAUCUUUGAAUACAUUGUCAUUUUUACCCGUUGAGAUGGACGUUUGGUCUCCUAAACUGCACCUCGCUGCGUGGACAGUGAUGCGCCUCCUCUGUGUGUUUUCUCAUGAGGUGACGGUGAGCCACUCUGACCUGAAGCCUUGUAAAGAGGACAACCGAGUGUGUGUCACUGACGACAGAGACUGUGGCCCUCGACCACCGGCAUCUAUACAGAACACCCUGAACAUGUCCUGUGGCUACCAGCAUACACACAGAUCCAUGACAUGUGAGUGGAGUCAGGAGUCAAACAGCCACACUAAGUCUCACGUCUCUCUCAUCUUCAGCAGAGAAUACAGAGUCUUGUCCUGUCCAGCGAUCUUUGCCCCGUUGUCUGUCCUCAGCGUUACAGCCAGGAUCAAAAACUACAUGACAGGAACAGAGAUCUGGUCCCAACCUCACACUGUCUCUCUCCAUCAGGCAGUCAAGCCCUCUCAGCCUGUAUUAACUGUCCUUGGCUCCACUGAGGACUCUGUGGUUGUGUCUUGGAGAAGCAGCGGUGACGGCGGCUGUCGGCUUCGCUACAGAGUCGACAGCACUGACACAUGGACCCAGGCUCUAGAUUUUGUCCCUGCCCAGGAAGAUCAGACAUUGACCUACACGAUCCAAGACCUCCUGAUGUCUACCAUCUACAGGGCUGCUGUGGCCUGCAGAUCGAAGUCAGGCAUCUGGAGUGACUGGAGCUCUGACAUCAGUGCGAGGACGCUAGGCAGGGUGCCCUCCAGGCCUCCAGAGGUGUGUUACAGAGUAGAGAAAAAUGACUCUAGUGGAUCUUUUCUCCUUCAUCUCAUAUGGAAGGACCUUCACCUCCGUGAUGCCGGAAGUCAUAUCCUUGGAUACCAGGUGAGCUACGAGCCGGUGAAGAGGCAGCUGCUGCAGGACAGGUUCAUUCAGAACGUCACAGAGGUGAUGGCGGUCCUGGUGGUGGAGGAGGGGGACUACAGCGUCACAGUUACAGCCUUCAACAUGGCCGGCUACGGACCUGCUGCACAUCUCCGCAUUGAUACACAAAGACAGCACACCCCCCUGUCAGUCAGAAACUUAUGGGUUUCCAGUUCCUUCCCAGCUGUGAAAGGCCUUCUGGUGCAGUGGGAGAACCCCCCAGUCUCGUCCUCUGUCCCAUCUGUCAGUCAGCUUGCUGUUCAGUGGCACUCUGAGACUUGUCCAUCCACCAGCCGCUGGAACACAGUAGACAACUUCACCACCUCCACUGUCAUACAAGAUGUUGACCCUGAUGAGUCGUACCUGAUCAGUGUGUUCCCCAUCUACAACCAGCAGUGUGGAUCUCCUCGGUCACUGUGUGCCAGUCUGCAGCAGGGAGCUCUGAUGGAGGCGGUCCAAUUGAAGGUGAUGGGCGUGACCAAAACCACUGUGACAGUGAUGUGGGUGUGGCAAAGAACAUCUGGACCAAUGAGGGUGAACAGAUACGAGGUGACACUGAGAAAAGACUCGGAGAAACAAACUCUGUCUCUGUGGCCGGACCAAUGUCAGCACACCUUCCUCAACCUGACACCCAACACUGAGUAUACUCUUCGCUUAUUGGCCGAUGAUGUUUCCAGGAACCUCAUCUUAGUGAGAACAGCCUUUGAUGAGGUCCCAGCGGUGGCUGCAGUGACUCCUCUGCUGCUGUUGGCUGUUACUGUGUUCAUCAUCUCCAUCCUGUCCAGGACUCUGUACAAGUCGUACUUCUUCCCGCCCAUCUCCAGCCCGCGGGGCAGUACGACAGGCAAGUGGCUGAUGGACCCAAACCACCAGCAGAAAACUGCAGGGAGGAACAUCCUGGACAUCAAGGACUUCCAGGUGACAGAUGUACUCGGAGAGAAGAGUCUCAUCACGGUCGGUUUGACGUCCCAGUCCUCCUCAGAAGAGGACCUACAUGAAGACACCUCUCUGCUGUCCAUCCGCCACCUCAUCAUCAAACUGUCAUCCCUGGAACUGGACCCAGAGUAUAUUUCUGAUGCUCCAGUGGUCACACAGCACCCACUGGUUUCUCUCCAGCCCUAUCAUUCUGACUACCCAGUGAACUUCCAUCAUCCCAACAACCAAGAGGCAAACACUGCCCUGCUGUGUCACACACGUGAAGCCAUCGGCCACUUUCCUCAAGAAGAGGAAAAAGGCGGACAGGUGGACUUAUCUGAGCCGUCACAUCAGAUACACACUGCUGUGAAAUGUCCUUUUCUUGACUUGAUUGCUAAAGGUCACAGUGUUUAUCACAUGACCUGUGAGGACGAGUACUUAGUGAACUCAUUUCUGGAGAAAACAGAAGUGUAAACAAUGAGUGGACAAUGUCCUCGUUUGAUCUGUCAAACUGAUUAAAACUGUUGCUUAAGCACAAAAACUGUAGAUGAAGACUGAAUCAACUACUUCAGGGCUGCAUGUGGGAAAAUAAGAGUUGAAGACUGUGAAAACAUGCUCCCUGUGAUUAUAACAUCUGUCACACUGCAGAAAAACUAAACAGAGAACUGAAGCUGAGCACACACCAUUUGUAUGAUUUUAAUCCAUUCCUGUCCCAAUUGGCACAACUCAUUGUAGACUUUCACUAAUAGCGUCCAGUUGUCAGAGCUUUCAAUGAAUUUGUGAUAUGUAAGAAAUGUUGAAUGAGAGAUUCCCCAAGAGCGGCUUUUUUUUCUCACUGUGCCUGUGUAAAGUGGCGAACAGAGUGUCUGAAAGGUGCCAUGGCAACAUGACUUGGCAUAUGGACAGAAAAUAUGAAGGCCAGGUUGGUCGAGCCGUGUUAACAGCAUACGGAGCCAUACACAUGCAAUGUCUUUAACCGCCUGGAAAACACAAGGUCGGGUGUUGUGCCGGUAUACACUGUUUGUUUGUGGGAGAAACGUGGCGAUAUCUUUGGUCGUGGCUCUAAAACAGUGGUCUUACAUCGCACUGUGAAACAAGUUCAAGGACGACCGUUGUCAAUGUCUUGCGACCAAAGAUAACCUGAGAUAAAAUUCUGACAGUGUCAGAAAUUUGGAUGACUAUCUCACAGUGUGACAGCUGCUACGACCUACAGCGCCUUGCAAAAG